GUACGCAGUAUAAAUAACUUAACAAAAGUUUUCAACUUCCUCUUCUUGCAAAUAAUGCCUAAUCCUUAGUGGCAACGACGGUAAAAUGGCGACUUUCCAACCCAUUUGCGCCAACCAGGCGCCAAACAACGCAAAAUGCAACAACACUAGCAGGUUCGCUUGCAAGAACUACCUUCUCGUCACAUACUGUGGCCCCGAGUGUCAGAAGUCUCACUGGACUAUGCACAAGUCCGACUGCAAAUCUCACCUUGGAAGGGAGGGCUGGCAGCCUGACUGGGUCUUGGAGAACCGAGCUCCGGCCUUCAUCGGGAAUGGUCACCCUCAGGUGACCUAUGGAGCCGGGAAGUACCUUUGGGGCAACGUUCCAGCUUUCGACGUCCUCCAACUUAACGCAAACGAAGGCGUCUCCUACGACGAGCAGGUGCGCCUCUUGUUUGCCGCCUCCGGAGAUCUUCGAAACGUCAUCAAGACCAUCGCUCAGCUCCCCGAUAGCUACACUCAGCCCGUCGAGGUGACUAUAAACGACCGCAAUCUGGAUAUUGUCGCUCGGAACGUAAUAAUGCUUCUUAUCAGUCUCGUGGUGGACGAUGUCGACAUCGCGGCCGACUGCAUCAUUCACGUCUGGUAUUCCGCCCUCCUCCGCAAAUCCGACCUCGACAUCAUGCAGCAUCGGAUCCGUCCAGUCCUCGAGGAGGUCUGCCACAAGCUGAAGGGAAAGGGUUCCGACAACCUCCAAGCAAAGAACUGGACGUUCGGCCAGCGGUCGCUGAGACUCGUGCUAAAAAAGUCUGUGUGGGACGACCUCUUGUCCUUCACGGGCACCCCCAAGGGCCUGACGGCUAAUCGGGCACAUGAGAUUCGCAAAGCCGUCACCCUCGCCGAGGGUAGAAAGGACUAUCGUGAGCGUCACCUUCUGGUCCAGUCCCUUUCCCAUCGAAUCGCCCUAACACGCUUCCGCGAGGACGGACUUCUGCUUCCGUUUGGAAAUGCGCGUGAUGCCUUUCGGCACCCCAACCCAACUAUUUACCAGGACGCGAGCUGGCCCAUGUACGACAAUGCAGACCCCCUCAAUGGAUGGUCUGCCAAGGAAGUCCAAGAGACUCAGACCGGACCUGCGACCGCUGACAUCUACGGCAAGCUCCUCAUCAGCCUUCGUACGGUACUUCUAGCGUUUCUUCGUCGUCUCUCAAGUUCGCAGAUCUCAUUUAGACUGUUCCACAUGGACGCGUCUACUCUUCCCAAGUUGCUCGAAAACAGCUCCUUUAACCGGAUUGAGGUCUCUAACAUCCCGGACGCCGGGUAUCUCGGAAUCCAUCGUACGCUCGAUCUGAUGGUUCCUCUCCUUCAGAGCCCUCUCAUCAACCCCCACGCGACCCUGAUUACCUUAUUUAUGAAUACUGUGGACGAAAACAUCACCGAAACGGAAAAGCUCGCAGAGAUAAAGGCGGAUGGCACAGUGACGAAGCGCAUCUACGAGUACCUAUCGCUUAGCAGAAGACCGCUCACUUAUUACGAUACUACAAUCUUCAAAAUCAUGGCCGCCCGGGAUUAUAUACUAACCUAUAACCACCUGGUUGGAGCCAUGAUAAAGGAAAACCACACUGUGAUCGAGAAGUGGCCGUUCAGAUUGAAGCUGCGGCCCGGACAGACUAGCGCCCAGGAGGAGUUUAACCGCCUCCUAGGAGGAGGAGUUUCAAGCAAGGAGCGUUACGUGGAAUGGAAGAGGGUUGAAGUAUUAGGAUGAGGUGUGGAAGACAGCUACAGAUCAGGGAGAAGGCAGUAGACUUAUGGAAUAGUCCUUCCACCCAUGGGAGCAUGAGAGCGGCGAAAUACAAUGCUUUCAGACGACAGUUUUGCUAUCCGGGCAGACCCACCUUUCCCACCCAUCGUAGCGUCUGGUUCAUUGGAGUUUUCUUUUGGCCCGCGCGUCCCGCAAUAGCCGUAACUAGCGCAAACACCCCGCAGUUUGACGGGCAAUUUGACUACUUCGACUUCUGCUGCUUAUGUAAAGUUGUAUAAUUCGACAUUAUGUUGGCUUUUAUUGCGGUAAUCGAGAGAUCUCGUCGAAUCUCGAUUU